AAACACAUCUUUGCAUAUAUGCAUUCCCUCUUAGCUUCUUCCAUCAGCCGGAGAAAUCUGUGAACUAGUGAAGGCUGCAGCUGCUCUAACAAAACUGAAUCUCUAGCUGCUCACAGUUCCGGCAUGGAUUUACCAAGAAUCACAUGGCUGCUGUGUGCUCCCUUCUUUAUCGCUGUAAUAGCGACCAAGAUUGCAAGAAGGCAAUCUGCCGGUCCGACAACCAGACGGCCACCACCUCCACCCGUGGCUCCAGGAGUCCCUCUUCUCGGUGUCCUGCCAGCGCUGCUCGUCAAGGGCCCACUGGCGCUGAUCCACGACUACUACGCGAAGAUGGGUAGCGUCUUCACCGUGCGCUUGUUUCACAUGAAGGUUACCUUCCUGGUCGGACCAGACGUGUCGAGCCAUUUCUACCAAGGGUUGGACUCGGAGAUCAGCCAAGACGAGGUUUCUCAGUUCACCAUCCCGACCUUCGGCCCCGGCGUCGCCUUUGACGUGGACUAUGCCACUCGGCAUGAGCAGUUCCGGUUCUUCGGCGAUGCGAUGAAGCCGGUAAAACUAAGGACCUAUGUCGGCGUCAUGGUCCGUGAAGUUGAGAGUUACUUCGCGAGAUGGGGACAGUCCGGUAAGGUUGAUCUGAAGCACGAGCUAGAGCACCUUGUGACGCUCAUCGCCAGCCGGUGCCUUUUCGGGCCGGCGGUCCGGGAGAAGAUGUUCGGCGAGGUCGGGGCGCUACUCCGCGAGCUCAACGACGGCAUGCGCCUCAUCACCAUCCUGCUUCCUCACCUACCAAUCCCGGCGCACCGCCGGCGCGACGCGGCGCGCGCCAGACUGGGAGGGAUAUUCUUCGAGAUCGUGAGGUCCCGCAAGAGCGGCCGGGUCACCGAGAACGACAUGCUGCAGUGCCUGAUUGACUCGAGGUAUAAGGAUGGCCGCGGCACGACGGAGACGGAGGUCGCCGGAAUGCUCGUUUCGGCGCUCUUUGCAGGGCAGCACACGAGCUCCAGCACGGGCACCUGGACCGGCGCACGCCUUCUCACGCACACCAAGCACCUGCGGGCCGCCGUCGAUGAGCAGGAGCGUAUCAUUGCACGACACGGUUCCUGGAUCGACUACGACGUUCUCCAAGAGAUGGAUACCUUGCACCGCUGCAUCAAGGAGACCCUCCGGCUCCACCCGCCGGCGCUGAUGCUGCUCCGCCACGCGCGCCAGAGCUUCAACGUGCGCACGAGGGAUGGCCGCGAGUACGAGGUCCCGAGAGGCCAUGCGGUCGCGAGCCCGCUGGUGAUCCACAACAGGCUGGCGCACGUCUACGAGGAACCCGACAAGUACGACCCAGACCGGUUCGGCCGCCAGAGAGCCGAGGACAGGGCGGGGGGCGCGUUCGCGUACACGGCUUUCGGCGGCGGGAGGCACGCGUGCGUCGGUGAGGCGUUCGCGUACAUGCAGAUCAAGGUGAUAUGGAGCCAUUUGUUGAGGAACUUCGAGCUUGAGCUGGUGUCACCUUUCCCAGAGACGGACUGGAACGUGGUCAUGCCAGGGCCCAAGGGAAAGGUAGUGGUUAUCUACAAGAGGCGGCAGCUAUCGACGACCGCCUAAAAUUAUCUUACAUUGUCGUAACAGAUGCUAUAGUAUUAAUAAAUUGCGGUAGUGUGAUAAAGCGUGGUUUCGUGGGUGUGCUAGGGUGGUUGUGCGUCCAUAGCAGUGUGUGCAUGUGUCGCUAUUGUAAUAAAAAGGCUUUACUAACAGGACCCGACUAAUGCACAUGCUAUAGUGGGUCGGGAUGCACAUCCGAUUCAUAAAAAAGUAGCAUUAAUUUCUUUGGUGUUUACUA